AUGAAAAAAUAUAUUUAUAUUAUUAGUUUGGCUGCAUUUUUUAUUUCCUUCGAUAUAAUUUGUGCAACCAAAAUUGAGGAAAAUAAAAACAAGAAUGCCACAAAGUUAAACAAUUAUAAUCCAUACCAUAAUUUAGAAGAAAGUGAUUUUGAUAAUUCAAACUUUUUAAAUGAAAAAAAAUAUGAUAAUAAAAAUAAUUCCAUUAAUAAUGAAAAAUAUAUACAGCCACAUUCAAUAAAUAACAAUUUCCUUCAAAAUAAAAAAGAUAUAAACAAUACAAAAAUCACAUUGUAUAAUGAAUAUAAUAAGACAAAUAAUAUUGAUAAUUUUAGAAAUUUUAAUCAUGAACAUGAAAAAACAAAUAACAUAUUAAUUGAAAAUAAUAAUUCCUUUUUACAAAUAACCGCUAUAUCUGAAAUAAAUAAAGAUACGUUAGAUACGGUCGAUACUAUAUAUGGUGUAAAUGAUAAUGAAAGCGUAUUGUGGUUUUUUUAUAAACUUCUAUAUUCUGUUGAAUAUAUUAAAAAAAUGUUAAGUAACUUAAAUAUAGGUCUAUCCAGUGAGCAAACUAAAAUAAAGACAGAUCAAAAUGUUGUUAUUAAUGACGUCAGACAAACAAACGCGUCAUGUUAUUCUGAAAAAAAUGAAUUAAUAAAUAAAUUGGGCAAUAUACACAAUCCUUUUUAUAAUUUUCAUAAUGAUCGUUCGAUAGAUGAUUAUAAUUUAUAUACAUCAUCAAAAAAUAAUUUUGUAAAUUGUUUAAAAAAAGGAUUUGAAAAUAUAAAAAAAAAAACAAAUGAUAUUAUUUCAUAUGAAGAAAAAUUAUAUACAGAUAAAUGUAAAAAUAGCUCCAAACUCAAGAAUACUACUAAGAAACCUUCUGAAUUUUGUAAAAAUGUGAUGAAUCUCAAUGUAUCUCGUAAAAAUAGUUGGGAAGUUCCCAAAAAUAACGAAAUAAUUUCAUUUAUAGAUUUUCUAAUAGAAAAAUUAAAAUCAAACAAUUACCCAAUGACUCUUGUAACAAAACUAGAUUUUAUAAAAAAACAAUUCGAGGAUAUUAAAAAUAAACACAAUAAACACAUAAAAAUAUGUAAACAAGAAGAGAUUGUUGUGAACAAAUGUACCAACAACAUUGAUAAUAAUAAUUGUGAUAAACAUUUUAAUGAAAUUAAAAAAAUAGCCGAAUCAUAUAGCAUUAUAUUUUAUAAUUAUACAAUUUUAGAAAAUUUAGAAUCAGUAAAUAUUACAUAUAAGGAGUCCUUAGAUUACUUUUUUAAUUCACUAGGGAAAUUAUUAAUAAACAAAGUAGAUUCCGAUGGAAAUAUAAUAGAAGAAAAUGAUAUUGAUAAUUUUGAUUUGUCUAAACCCAAAAAUAAUUUUAAAUUAUUAGAAGGUGAAUUAAAUGGAGUAUUUGAAAAUAAAUGGAAUGAUUAUAAAAAUAAUAAAAAUCUUGAUCAAUUCAAAGAUACAAUGAAAAAAAUAAUAUUAUUAAUUAUACAAUAUAUGAACGAAUUUAAAGGCUUGAAUGACGCUAUGACAAAACUAAAAAAUGAAGGUAUUUCACAAAAAUUUGUGAUUAAUAAUCAAAUAAAACAAAAAUUCGAUAAAUCAACUUAUGAUGAAAAAAAAGAAGGGUUUGAAAGUUCUCUUGAAUUAGCAAAAAAUUGGGAAAAAAAAAAACUCGAAAUAAUAACGGAAUUAAAAAAAAAAAAUGAAGAAACUGUUCAAUUGGAUAUAAAAAUUAGAGAACUAAUUAAACAAAUCAAAGAUAUUAUAGAGGAACAAAAAAUAGUGAACGAUUUAAAAUUAGAAUUAAACAAAAAAAUAAAAGAAAUAACUGAGAAAAUUGAAUAUAUUAAAAAAGCAGUUGACUUAAAGAAAGAAAUAGAAAAAGACAACGUAUAUAUUGAUGAAUUAGCUAAGGAACCACCAUAUCAAAUUACAAAAUAUAUAGAAAAAAAAAAUGAAAUAUAUAAUACAAUAAAAUCAGAUUUUGACAAAAUUUAUGUAGGCGAUAUUGAACAACUUUACAAUGAAAUGUUUUCUGUAGUUCAAGAAAGUAACAUUGAGCAUAUAGAAAAUAAAACAGAAAUUCUAACUUUAAAAACGAAAAUAGAUAAUGUAUAUAAUAAAAUCCAAAACAUGGAAACUGAAACAGUUAAAUCACAUCUAAAGAAUAUAGAAACUAACAACAAACUAUCAGAAACAAUUUUGGAUAUAAUAAAAUAUAUAUAUGGAGAGAUUACCAACGAGCUAAAUAAAACAUUAGAAGACUUUAAAAAUAAAGAAAAAGGACUAUCAAAUAAAAUAGAUGAAUACGCUAAGGAAAAUGUCCAAUUAAAUGUAUAUAAAUCUAACAUAUUAGAAAUCAGAAAGCAUUAUAAUGAUCAAAUUAAUAUAGACAAUAUAAAGGAAAAAGAAGCAAAACAAAACUAUGAUCAAUUCAAAGAACAUAUGAAAACAAUACCACCUAACGAAAAUGAAAUAUCAAAAACCAUCAAUGAGAUAAAAAUUAUGAAAGACGAAUUCUUGAGUAAAGUAAAUAAAUAUAAUGAUUUUGACAAAGUUUAUAAAGAAAAGGUUGAAUCAGAACACAAUAAAUUUACUGAAUUAACAAAUAAAAUAAAAACAGAAGUUUCGGAUGAAGAAAUAAAAAAAUAUGAAAACAAAUUUAAUGAUAGCAAAUCUUUAAUUAAUGAAACAAAAAAAUCCAUUGAAGAGGAAUAUCAAAACAUUAAUACACUUAAAAAGGUAGAUGAUUAUAUAAAAGUAUGUCUAAAUACAAAUGAAUUAAUAACAAAUUGUCAUAAUAAACAAACUACAUUAAAAGACAAAUUAAAUCAAAAUAUUAAAACCAUAAAAGAAACUAAUUCAAUAGAUAAAAUUUAUACAGACAAGUUUGAAAAUAUAUUAACAGAUAAAAAGACAGAAUUAGAAACAAAAUUCACAGGAUUGUCUUUAAAUAAUCACGAAUCGAAUAACAAAGAAUUGCUAACAUAUUUUUAUGAUUUAAAGGCAAAUUUAGGAAAAAAUAAAGAAAACAUGUUAUAUAAACAAUUCAAUGAAAAAGAAAAAGCUGUUGAAGAUAUUAAGAAAAAAAAUGUAGAUAUAAAUAAAAUUGUUUCAAAUAUUGAAAUAACAAUUUAUACAUCCAUUUAUAAUAUUAAUGAAGAUACAGAAAAUGAAAUUGGAAAAAGUAUAGAAUUACUAAAUACCAAAGUACUUGAAAAGGUAAAAGCAAACGUAACCAAUUUGAAUGAAAUAAAGGAAAAAUUAAAAGAUUAUGAUUUUCAGGAUUUUGGAAAAGAGAAAAAUAUUAAAUAUCCUGAUGAAAACAAAAUUAAAAAUGAUAUUGAUACAUUAAACCAAAAAAUCGAUAAAAGUAUAGAGACAUUAACGGAAAUAAAAAAAAAUUCAGAGAACCAUAUUGAUGAAAUAAAAGGACAAAUAGAUAAAUUAAAAAAAGUACCAAAUAAAACAAUGUUUAACGAGGAUCCAAAGGAAAUUGAAAAAAAAAUAGAAAAUAUAGUAGAAAAAAUAGACAAAAAAAAAAAUAUAUAUAAAGAAAUAGAUAAAUUAUUAAAUGAAAUAUCAAAAAUAGAAAAUGAUAAAACUUCGUUAGAAAAAUUAAAAAAUAUAAAUUUAUCAUAUGGAAAAAGUUUAGGCAACUUAUUUUUGCAACAAAUUGAUGAAGAAAAAAAAAAGGCUGAACAUACGAUAAAAGCAAUGGAAGCAUAUAUUGAUGAUCUUGAUAAUAUAAAAAAAAAAUCACAAGAAAUAGAAAAAGAAAUGAACAUAAACAUGGACAUAAAAAUGGACAUACAUAAGGAAAUGAAAGCGCUUAAUAUAUCACAUGACGACUACAAAAUAUAUCAUACUACAAGUAAGAAUCAUGAAGAAAAAAUUUCUGACAUUCGUAAAAAUUCUUUAAAAAUAAUACAAGAUUUUUCUGAGGAAUCAUAUAUAAAUGAUAUUAAAAAGGAAUUAGAGAAAAAUGUUUUAGAAUCCCAAAAUAAUAAUACUGAUAUUAAUCAAUAUUUAAGCAAAAUUGAAAACAUAUAUAAUAUCUUAAAAUUAAAUAAAAUUAAAAAGAUUAUUGAUAAAGUAAAAGAAUAUACUGAUGAAAUCGAAAAGAAUAAUAAAAAGAUAAAUGCUGAAUUAAGUAAUUCAGAAAAAAUAAUUACACAACUAAAAGAAAAUUCAAGUUUAAAAGAAUGCCAAUCAAAAAUAAAAUCAACUAUAGAUGAUAAUUAUGUUAGUGAAUGUAUAAAGAAUAUUACAAAUUUAAAAACUUAUAUUGUAAACGAAAAAAAUAACAUCAACACUUAUUUUAAAAAUGCCGAAGAGUAUAAUCAAAAUGUAUCAUUAAACUUUAAUAAUAUAGAAAUGGCGGAUACUAAAUCACAAUAUAUAUUAAACAUUAAAAAAAAUAAUGGCACUAAUAACACUGAUUAUAAUAUCAAAGAAUUGAAAGAACACAAGAAGAAGUCUAAUGUUUAUAAAGAUGAGGCUGGUAAAAAUACACAAGAAAUCAAAAAAAAUAAGGAAUUAUUUGAAAAAUAUGAACAAGAAGUAACUGUACUUUUAAAUAAAUAUUAUGCGGUAGAAUUAAAAAAUAAAUUUGAUAAAACAAAAAAUUAUUCAGAACAAAUCAUAAAGGAAAUAAAAGACGCACACAACACUUUUACAUCCCAAGCAGACAAAUCUGAAAAAAAAAUGAAUGAAAUAAAAAACGAACAGAUUCGUAUUGAAGACGAAGUCGCUAAAAAUAAUAAAUCUAAUAAAGCAAUACUAGAUAUUCAACUAUCCGUAGAGCCAUUCAAAAUAAAAUUCUUAAAAAUAAAGGAUCUAAGAACAAAAUCAGAUGAUUGUUUAAAAGAGACCAAAGACAUAGAGACCAAAAUAUCAAAUUUAUCUAUAGAUACUCAAGAAACAAAACUAAUAGAGAACAAGAACAUAUUAAAUACCCUUGAGAAACUUUUAGAAUCUCUCAAAAACCAAAAAAAAAAUAUUGAAGACCAAAAAAAAGAAUUAGAUGAAGUUAAUUCCAAAAUUAAAAAUAUAGAAAGCAAUGUAAACCAGCAUAAAAAAAAUUACGAAAUUGGAAUUGUAGAAAAAAUAAAUGAAAUCGCCAAAGCAAAUAAAGACCAAAUUGAAUCAACACAAAAAUUAAUAAUACCAACAAUAAAAAAUUUAAUAUCUCCUUUUAAAGCUAAUGAUUUAGAAGGUAUUGACACUAAUAAAAACUUGGGAAAAUAUAAUACAGAAAUGAAUAAUAUAUAUGAAGAAUUUAUUAAAUCAUACGAUCUAAUAACACAUUAUUUAGAAACGGUUUCAAAAGAACCCAUAACAUAUGAACAAAUUAAAAAUAAGCGAAUCACCGCACAAAAUGAACUCUUAACAAAUAUAAAAAAUGUAAAUAAAGCCAAAUCCUAUUUAGAUGAUAUAGAAGCAAAUGAAUUUGAUAGAAUAGUCACACAUUUUAAAAACAAAUUAAAUGAUGUGAAUGAUAAAUUUACAAACGAAUAUUCAAAAGUUAACAAAGGGUUUGAUAAUAUUUCAAACUCUAUUAAUAAUGUUAAAAAAUCAACUGAUGAAAAUUUAUUAUUAAAUAUACUAAACCAAACAAAAGAAAUGUAUGCAAAUAUUGUCAGUAAAAAAUAUUAUAGUUAUAAAUAUGAGGCAGAAAACAUAUUUAUAAAUAUUCCGAAAUUAGCAAAUUCUUUAAAUAUUCAAAUAAAAAGCAGUUCAGGAAUAGAUUUAUUUAAGAACAUUAAUAUAGCUAUAUUACCUUACUUGGAUUCCCAAAAAAAAGAUACGCUAACCUUUAUUCCAUCUCCAGAAAAAACAUCAGAAACAUAUACAAAAAUAAGCGAUUCUUACAAUACUCUUCUUGAUAUAUUAAAAAGAAGUCAAGAAUUGCAGAAAAAAGAACAACAAGCAUUAAAUCUUAUAUUCGAAAACCGACUUUUACAUGACAAAGUCCAAGCAACCAACGAAUUAAAAGACACAUUAAGUGAUUUAAAAAAUAAAAAAGAACAAAUAUUAAAUAAAGUUAAACUACUUUUACAUAAAUCUAAUGAAUUAAACAAAUUAUCAUGCAAUUCUCAAAAUUAUGAUACCAUUUUAGAAUCAUCAAAGUAUGAUAAAAUAAAAGAAAAAAGCAAUAAUUAUGAAAAGGAAAAAGAAAACCUUGGGAUAAAUUUUGAUGUAAAAGCUAUGGAAGAACAAUUUAAUAAUGAUAUUAAAGAUAUAGAAAAAUUAGAAAAUAAUUACAAACAUUCAGAGAAAGAUAAUUACAAUUUUUCAGAGGAAAAUAAUAAUAUUUUACAAUCUAAAAAAAAACUAAAAGAACUAACUAACGCAUUUAAUGCUGAAAUAAAAAAAAUUGAGGAUAAAAUAAUAGAAAAAAAUGGUUUAAUUAAUAAAUUAAUAGAAACGAGAAAAGAUUGCAUGCUUUUUACAUAUAAAACAUUAGUCGAGACUCUUAAAAUAAAAACAACUGAUUACUCGAAAUUCAUAACGUCUGCAACUAAAUUUUCAAAAGAAUUUUUAAAAUACAUUGAUGCUACUUCCAAUUCUUUAAAUGAUGACAUCAACACGUUGCAAACAAAAUAUGAUUUAAAUCAAAUAAACAAGCAUGUAGCAAGUAUGGUUGCAGAUGCAACUAAUGAUAAUAAUAAUUUAAUAGAAAAGGAAAAGGAAGCAACUAAGACAAUCAACAAUUUGACCGAGCUAUUUACAAUAGAUUCAAAUAAGAUCGAUGCCGAUGGAUUACAUAAUAAUAAAAUACAAAUUAUUUAUUUCAAUUCUGAACUUCAUAAAUCAAUCGACUCCAUAAAACAACUUUAUAAAAAAAUGCAUGCCUUUAAAUUAUUAAAUAUAGGUCACAUUAAUAAAAAAUAUUUUGAUAUAUCCAAAGAAUUUGAUAAUAUUUUACAGCUGCAGGAAAGUGAAUUAACAGCAAAUUUAAAUGAUUUAAAGGAAAUUGGUCAAAAGAUUUCUGAUAAAAAAAAGCAAUUCCUUCAUGCACUAAGUGAAACUCCAAUUCCCAACUUCAAUACACUUAAAGAGAUAUAUCAUGAUAUUGUUAAGUAUAAAAAUCAGAUAGAUGAAAUAGAAAAUAUUACUAACGAAGAAAACGAAAAUAUAACUUUAUAUAUGGAUAUAAUUACUAAAUUAAUGAAAAAAGUACAAAGUAUUUUAAAUUUUGUUACAACUUAUGAAAAUGAUAGUAAUAUAAUCAAGCAACAUAUUCAAGACAAUAAUGAAAAUGAUGUAUCAAAAAUUAAAGAAUCUUUAGAAACCACAAUUCAAUCAUUUCAGAAAAUUCUAAAUAAACUAAAUGAAAUCAAAGCUCAAUUUUAUGAUAAUAACAAUAUAAAUAAUGUUAUAUCUACCAUAUCACAAGAUGUAAAUGAUGUUAAAAAACAUAUUUCUAAAGAUUUAACUAUAGAAAACGAACUUAUCCAAAUACAAAAGAGUUUAGAAGAUAUUAAAAAAUCUACUUAUGAUAUCAGAAGCGAACAAAUAACUAAAUAUGUCAAUCCUAUACACGAUUAUGUUGAGCAACAAACUAAAAAAAUUCAAAAUAAUCCAAAUAAAGACGAAAUAGACGAUCUAAUACAAGAAAUCGUCAAUUAUAAUAAAGAAUCAGAACUAAAAUUACCCACCAUUAUAAAUAAUAAAGAUAACGUUACACCAAUAAUCUCUCGUAUUGACAAAGUCAUUAAUUUAAUAAAAUCAGAAUAUAAUAACAAUGAUAAUGUAUCAUAUAAUGUUGCCAAAAAACUUGAAGAAGAUGCCAAUAACAUAAUUCGUGAUUUAGAUACGAGUCAUAACAUGCUUAAUGAUUUAAUACAGAAAAAUUUUAAAAUUAUAGACGAUUUAAAAAAUAAAAAACAGGAGAUAGAAAAUCGUAAUAAUUUACAGACUAUUAAUAGGGAACAAGAAAUAACGCAAACAGAACAUGUUAACAAUACAUAUCAUCAUGAUAUUAAUGACAUUAAUGAUGUUAUUGAUAUUAAUGAUAUUAAUGAUACAAACGAUAUAAAUCAAAAUCACCAAAACUCAAGCUCAGAUAAAAAGGACUCUUCCAAAACAAGAAAUACAGGGAAUACGAUUAGAUAUGCCGGAGCAAUUGCAUUUGGUUUAGUAACAUUUUAUGUAAUUAUAAGAAUAAAAGAAAAAAAGGAUAAAGAUGAAAUGGAAUUCGAUAAAUCUAAAGGUUUUUAUGAUGGCGGUGAAAGUACGCUUUUUGAAAGAGAAGAUGAAGUUAUAGAAAUAGAUAUGAACGAGGAUUUAUCAUUUAAUUAA